CGCCAAAUCCCAGACGACGACACGACGUGAGAUCUGUACAUUGUGCAGUGCGCGACUACAUAACAGUCAAAACUCAAACUGUUUAUUUCGACGAAAUGCGGUCGGACGUCUUCUGAAUUCCAAAGGCGCCGUAUUGGCCGAAAUUUUCGAGUUUCCACUAGCUGUUCCAGGACUUGCGAUCCAUCCGCUGUUUGAUCGCCGUUGACCCUACCCAGGCCAUGGCAAUGACGUUCGCCAGUUCGAUCACAUAAAUCAGAUCCGGCUGUCGGUAAGAAUAGACAAGCUGUCGUCGAGGUUCGCGUACACUACCCAACAAGAGUUGACCCGUCAUCGACGCGCCAUAACCCAGGCCCCCAACCAUCCAUUACCUACGUACAAGCUGGUGGUGGUCGGUGACGGUGGUGUGGGUAAAAGCGCGAUUACCAUUCAAUUUUUCCAGAAAAUGUUUGUAGCUGAUUACGAUCCUACCAUCGAGGACAGCUAUAUUCAACACACAUGCGUCGACGAUGAGUUUUGCGUGCUUGAUGUGUUGGACACAGCUGGUCAAGAGGAGUUCAGUGCAAUGCGAGAGCAGUACAUGAGAAAAGGAGACGGUUUCAUGAUUGUCUAUUCGGUCACCGACCCGAACAGUUUCAAAAACGUUCCUAAUUUUUUCACUCAGAUACUUAGGGUCAAAGAUAGAGAUGAAUAUCCAAUACUGCUGGUGGCCAACAAGGUGGACCUAGUGCACUUGCGUAAAAUCAGUGAGAGCGAAGGUCGUGCAAUGGCCAACCGAUUGAAUUUACCAUACAUGGAGACCAGCGCCAAAGAUCCGCCACAAAACAUCGAUGGCGCAUUCCACGAGGUAGUGCGCAUCAUACGAAAUCAUCCUAAAGAAUUGUCAGAAGAUCGUCGCCGUAGACGUCCUAAAUGCUUAAUCAUGUAAACCAUAAUGUCUUGCCAACAUGAUAUUGUGAAAGUGCCUGAAGAAAUGAAAACAAAUGUCAAAUUUAGCAUAAGUCAAAAUAAAAAGUAAUCCUAAUUUAUAAUUAUGUUAAUAAUUUAAGUCAAUAAUAUAAGAUUAUAAUAUUAUUUGUGUAUAAAAUUUUACACAAAUAAGAUUGUAACACCAAGUAAAGUCUGAACACUAUUUUGAAACAAUUUUGCAGAUUUUCGUAAUAUACAUAAAAAUGCUUAUGUAUUAAAUUAAAUUUUUUGGUAUAGGUUUAAGUAAUGUCAGAUACAUUUAUACAGAGAGUAUAAAUAAUUAAA